AAAAGCAACUACCUGGGGACCAUUCAUUACUGUUACUCAUUUUACCAUGGAAGUGUCUUUAAGGAACAGUUGACCUUCAGGGAUGUGGCCAUUGAUUUUUCCGGAGAGGAAUGGGAGUGUCUGAACUCUGAACAGCAGAAUUUGUAUACGGAUGUGAUGUUGGAAAACUAUAGGAAUCUUGUCUUCUUGGGUCUUGCUAUGUCUAAGCCAUACCUAGUUACCUGUCUGGAACAAAGGAAAGAGCCCUGGAAUGUAAAGAGGCAAAAGACUCUGACAGCGUUCCCAGCUCUGUUUCCUCAUCAUAACCAAGACUUCUCACCAGAGCAGAGCAUAAACUAUUCAUUCCAGGAACUCAUCCAUGGACCUCGAGGAGAGUGUGGCUUUGACAGUUUGUACUUCCCAGAAGAAAGGGAUCAUGUAGAGGAGGGUGACAUCCUGAGAUCCUGUUAUAAUGGGCAUGACUCAUUUCUGACAGCUGACAGCAGUAAAAGCUUCACUUCCAGGAGAGAGCAGGAGCAAGAAAUGGCUCAUGAAAACCCUCAGGUUACGCCAGUUACUUGUGAAGAGCCGUGCGCUUCUGUCAGUAAACAUCAGAGUCAGUUUUUGAAACAUACCCCUUCUUUCAAAGACAGUUUGGGACAUCUAUCAAGGGGUGUAGUUCAUUCUUCAGCUAAUGACUUCAACAAUUUCAAAUGUAGCUUUGGAUUAAGCUUUCAUUCAAAUAUUUUUGUAGAUGGGGAACUUAAAAAUGAAGGAAAAGAUUCUAAAUGUAAUCAAUUUGAGAACUCCAUCAUGAAAAAUUCAUUAGUGUAUAAUCAACAAAUAGGUCUUUCAUGUGCCAAAGCACAGAAUUCCCAUAAGUAUGGCACGUUUUUUACACAUCCAGUAUCACCCAACCAAAAUUCAAGUACAGAUAUUUUGGAAAUUCAGUAUAUAUGUAAAGAAAAUAGGAAGGCCUUCACUGAGGAGUCCACCUUAAGUAAUCACGAGGGCAUGUAUAUUGGAGAGACAGUUUAUCAAGGUAGUGAAAAUAAUAGUGACUUAACCCAAGAGUCAAAUCCUGCUAAUCAUCAGUCUGCUCAUUUGUAUAAAUGCUACAAAUGUGACACAGUCUUUCAUCAAUACUCAGAACUUAUUAUCCAUCAGUAUAUCCAUAUUCAAGAUCAAAUCUCCAAGGAUAUGGAUUGCAACACAGCUUUCAAUCAAAGUUCAAGCCUUACUAGAAGUCAUGCUGGAGAAAAACCCUACAAAUGUAAGGAAUGUGGCAAAGCCUUUACCUAUUGUUCAAGCCUUAGGCAACAUCAUAGAAUUCAUUCUGGAGUCAAACAGCACAAAUGUAAAGACUGUGGCAAAGCCUUCUACCAUAAAUCACUCCUUACACAACACCAGAGCAUUCAUGCUGGCAAGAAACCCUACUGCUGCAAAUUUUGUGGCAAAGCUUUCAAUCAAAGAUCAACUGUUACUCAGCACCAGAGAAUUCAUACUGGAGAGAGGCCCUACCAUUGUAAAGAUUGUGGCAAAGCGUUUCAUCAAAGAUCGAGCCUUAGCCUACACCAGAGAGUUCAUACUGGAGAAAAGCCCUACAAAUGCAAAGACUGUGGCAAAGCCUUCAACCGUAACUCACUCCUUACUCAGCACCAGAGAAUUCAUACUGGAGAGAGGCCCUUCCAUUGUAAAGACUGUGGCAAAACAUUUAAUAAAAAAUCAAGCCUUACUCAACACCAGAGAAUUCAUACUGGAGAGAAGCCCUAUUCUUGUAAAGAUUGUGGCAAAGCUUUUAAUCAAAGAUCAAGCCUCAGCUUACACCAGAGAGGUCAUACUGGGGAGAAACCCAAUAAAUGUAAUGAAUGUGGCAAGGCCUUUAAUCGUGUUUUUUUCCUUACUCAACAUCAGAAAAUUCAUACUGGAGAGAAGGCUUACCACUGUAAAGAUUGUGGCAAAGCGUUUAAGCAGAGGUCCAGCCUUACUCAGCACCAGAGAGUUCACACUGGCGACAAGCCCUAUCAUUGUAAGCACUGCAGCAAGGCUUUUACUCAGAGGUCAAGUUUUACUCGCCACCAGAGAAUUCAUACCGGAGAGAAGCCCUACAAGUGUCAAGACUGUGACAAAGCUUUCAGCCGUAACUUACUUCUUAUUCAACACCAGAGAAUUCAUACAGGCGAGAAGCCUUACCAUUGUCAAGAUUGUGGUAGAGCGUUUAAUCAAAGAUCAAGCCUUACUCAACAUCAGAGGGUCCAUACUGGGGACAAGCCCUUCUGUUGUAAAGAUUGUGGCAAGGCUUUUACUCAGAGAUCAAGCUUUAACCGACACCAGAGAGUCCAUACUGGAGAGAAGCUGUACAAAUGUAAAGAGUGUGACAGUACCUUUAAAUGCAGUUCCCACCUUGCAGAACACCAGUGCACCUCAUUAGGCAGCUGCUUCGAAGACACAAAAUUUCUCCAAUAUGUGUGAGUUUAUUGUUCUGUUACAGCCAGCUAGCAAACACAGAUGGAUUUAUUGUGAAAACAUGUAAUAUGUUUGAUUGUAUAAAAGGUACUCUCUGUGGCAAUACUUAACUGGAUUUCUAGAACCACAUCCUGAUUUAAUUAAGUAAUAAUAUUUUUCUUUCUUGUCAUUUUGUCAACUGGUUCUAUGUUAAUAGUUGUAUUCUCAACUGUAUUUCCCAAACAUUGUCCAGACUGUAUACAUAAAACAUACACAUUGUCCAGUGUACACAUAACAGCACAGCAGGUGCCACACUGGGAGUCUUAGGCAGGUCCCCUAUGGUUUACACAUCUAAAUUGUGUAGCAUAGAGCUUGGCUGUCUCCCCCCAACCCCCAGAAACAUGUAAAUUGUGUUUACUGUCCCUUCUACAGCAUAGUUAAGAUUUUCAUGACAAUAACCACAAGAAGCAUCUUUAACCCUGCAUGUAUAUUUUUUUCUUAAGUCAUGAAACAAACUAUAGAGCCCAGAUAGCAAAAAGAAAGAAAAAAACCUUCAAGAAUAUAGUGAAUUGGUCUGAGGAUCUUGACUUCUGAGUCUACUGCUAAAAAGACUGCAAAUAUAUAGAUGGUGCAUGCCGAAUCCACACUUUUAUACAACGAAAUUAUAUAUGGGGGGUGUUGUGUGCCACAACAUUCAUGUGAGAGUCAGAGGACAGCUUCCAGUCCGUUCUCGUUGUCAUUGAAGUCAGCUCAUCAGGCUUCGCUGCAAGUGCCUUCACCUGCUAAGUUAGCUCUUCGGUGACUGGAUUUUAGGGUCUGGGAUUUUUCUGGCCUCUGUCACAGAGAACCCUGCUGUUUUCUGCCCUUUUGUAAUUAGAAAGUUAGGCAGACCACCGACUACAAUUGCAUCACAGUGCAUUUAAUCUCCCUGUGACUUGAAGACAUGACCACAUUUAAAAAUGAGAAUGUACAGAAAAUGUAGGGAGAGUUCAAAACUGAUUCCAUAAAGCUAAAGGCCUUUUGGGGUAAGUUCUUGAGAUCAUGUCUAGUGAGAUGUUGCAGUUGAUAGAAGGCUGUGUUAGUCUCCUGAUGGUGAGUGCAGAAUCUGUAAGGGCAGAGAAACACUGACAUGCUCUGAUUUGAUGUAUUUUCAGAAGAGAGAAGAGAUGAUGGUGAGAGAUAAAGCAGCACCUAAUUCAGAGCUGUAAAACAACUACCUGUAAGCUCUGUACUGGGAAUAUUGUUUUGCUCAGUUUUUAGUCGGUUGAAUCACACUGUCUAGGGUCUGUGCCAGGGCUGUUUCUUUCUGUGCAUUGGCCUAAAGUCAACCCAAACCUCACCUGCCUGGAUCAUUUGGGCAUUAAGUCCAGGGUCAUUGAUUGAGACCUGUCUUACUGCAUCUAGUACCUGGCAAAUACUUAGGGAUUCUUCUUCCACUUCAUGGGAAGAGGAAUGUAUGGUGCAUAUUCCUUCACAGAAGCAUUUUGUUUCUAUAGGGGAAUCAUUCCAGUUUCCUGGUACUCAAAUGAUGAAACCAGUGGCCAUCUAAAGGCAAAAUAUACUCAGUAUUUCUUCACAUAGCUCUUCCAAGGCACCAAAACAAUCACAAAGCAGUCAUGGCUGGAAACUUCUAGAAAACUUCAAUGCAAAACAAGUGAAUAAAUAUUUGAACUCUGUAUGAUUUGAUCAGUACAAAGGAGGAAAGAGUGAUUGACAGAUUUGCAUUUGUUCUAGAAGGUUCUUUUUUAUAUAAUUACAUUGCUUGUCCUGAUAACUUCCACAAUGGCAUUUUCUAGAAAAAUUGUUAUUUUUAUUUGUGUUGUUUUUACCUUGUUGAAAAGUUUGGACUCUAAUAGAAUUAUCUUAGAGAAAGUUAAAGAGAUAA